GGUGGAGCGUGGGUGACGUUGUUUACGUUGGUUUCGAUUGCAUAUUUGUGUAUAUGUAUUUCCUUUCGACACAAAAGUAGUAUUAUUGAAUAAAUAAUUAUGUCUGCGGUUACAGGAAUACCUGAUAAAUUAUGGCAGCCUCCUCACGUUGUAUUAGAAACCAUGAUGGGUGAACUUGGUAUUGAAUUAUACUGGAAACAUGCUCCAAUGACAUGCAGAAACUUUGCUGAACUUAUAAGAAGAAACUACUAUAAUGGAACCAAGUUUCAUAGAAUUAUAAGGGAUUUUAUGAUUCAAGGUGGAGAUCCGACUGGAACCGGGAAAGGAGGUGCCUCCAUUUAUGGGAGACAAUUUGAAGAUGAAAUUCAUGAAGAAUUAAAACACACAGGUGCUGGAAUAUUAUCUAUGGCAAAUUCAGGACCAAAUACAAAUGGCUCCCAGUUCUUUAUUACACUGGCUCCAACACAAUGGCUAGACGGGAAACAUACUAUAUUUGGUCGUGUUCAUUCUGGAAUGAAUGUGGUGAAAAGAAUAGGUUUGGUUGAAACUGAUAAAAAUGACAGACCAGUUGAUGAUAUAAAAAUUGUAAGAGGGUAUAUUCGAUCUCAUUAGCGUUCCUCUUUUUGUCAUUUUAAUGAUAAACAUUGUUAUUUUUUUCAAGACACCACAUUAUUAUUUGGUGUUAUUUGAUGCUUUUUAUUUGUACUCCAUGUGGGUGUGUUCAUCUAGAACCAUUUGACAAUAAAUUACAAAGAGGUAA